AGAUGUCGUCAUACAGUGUUCAGACUGAAAAUCUCAUUGAAGAGUUGGGUGGUUGCGGCAAUCUGCAAGUUUUGCUUUGUUUAUGUAUACACAGUUCAAACACGAUAAUAUUUUGGAGCUUACUAGCAAUGUCUUUCAUUGGUUAUACCCCUGAUUUCUCGUGUAAAGUACUUGACGUCUCACAGACAUCUUUAUCUACACUAAAUCUGAGCAAUGUUUCUCCUGAUCACCUAUGUUUUGCAGGACCGAACACAACGUGUAGUUCCUACAUUUUUCAGCAAUCUGCGAAUACUAUUGUAACAGAGUGGAGCCUAAUUUGUGACAGGCGCUGGAUUGUGGCAUUUAUAACAACAUUACAAAUGGUAGGUCUAGUUGUCGGAUCAAUAAUUGCAGGACAGGUGGCCGACUUUCUUGGACGGAAAACAACAAUUAUCUCAGGAAUCGCUUUUGUGACUAUUUUCAAUUUUAUUGGACUUUUCACUCCGUCAUGGAAAAUUUAUGCAGCUAUUCGUUUUUUCAUCGGUACAGGAGUAGGACUCUCGCAUACUACUCAGUAUACAUAUAUGAUUGAAUUCGUAACCUCGAAAUGGCGACCACUAGUAGUUUGUUUCCCUUCAUCAGCAAUUGCAGGAAUGUUAUUGGCUCCUGUUUCCUGGUGGUUACAUGACUGGAGGAGUUUACAUCUUUUAAAGACGAUAGUUGGUGUAUUAUUUUUCAUAAUGAUUUGGUUCUUCCCAGAAAGCUUUAGAUGGCUAGGUGCUAAGAUGAAAUUUAAGCGAGCGAAAAAAUCAAUCAAAUUCAUUGCAACAGUAAACAGAAGAAAAUAUCCCGACCUAGAAGAACUAUUUAAUAGAGCAAAAGUAGAAGCAGUUUCAAAUAUCACAAUGAGUUCUAAUUUCACAAACUUACUGACUUCAAAAGAGUUGCGAAAUGUGACACUCCCUUUAAGUAUAGUAUGGUUCUCUGUGUGCCUUUCCUGGUACUGUAUAUCACUUGGAAUGGAGGCUGUUUCUGUUAACGUGUAUCUGACCAUAUUACUCAUGAACUUUGUUGACUUCCCCGCAGAUUUGAUAACUGCUGUUUUCAUUAGCAGAUAUGGAAGGAAAAGGUUUUGCCUAGCAAUUUUCUGUAUGUCUGGAAUUUUAUGUUGUGCCGCCGGUAUUUUCCAACAUUUUGAUAAACUAUCGAAAACAUCUUCCUCUCUUAUGGUUACUACAUUAGUGGUAUCAAUAUUGGCCAAAUUUGCUGUAGCAUCUGCAGACAGAAGUGUUAUUGUGUAUACUACGGAACUAUACCCUACAGUUAUAAGGACAACAGGUUUCAGUUUCCAGGCGACCGUUGGACGCUUUGGGGCAAUUGUAUCUCCAUUUUUGAUUCACAUUAAUGGAUAUUUCCCCGGUGCCAUGUACGUUAUCUGUGGAGUUAUAUUGGUUAUCUCUUCGGUUUGUAUUUUGUUCCUAAGAGAGACAAAGGACUUGAUACUGCAAGAUUACAUCAGACCGGAUCCAUCAGAUUUAAGUACUAAAUAAACAGUUUAAUAGUUUCAUAAACUCGCUUGUAAUUGAUAUUUCAUUGCUAAAAGAAAAAUA